AUGUCGAAGCCAUCAUCGUUAACGCUCACCGAGCAAUUGGCCUUCAAGCCUCAGAGCAACAGCAAUGAGUUUGAGACGGUACACCCACCCUCACCAAUGGGCAACCCGUUGAGAAUAGCAUAUGGCGGUUAUGCUCUCGCCAUGGGCUGCAAAGCAGCGUAUUUGUCCGUUCCCGCAGGCUACCACAUAUACUCCAUGCUGGGACACUUCCUUGGUCCAGCAUCUGCCGACCACCCCUUGCGCGCCAGAGUACGCACCAUCCGCCAAACACGCACAUUCGCAACCCGCCAAGUUGAAGUCAGCCAAAAAAGAGACGGCGAAGAACGAGUCUUGUUCAUCGCAAUCGCUGAUUUUCAAGUCCGCGAACCCGCCAGUCUCCUAGAAUUUUCCACGCAACCAAGCAUGGAGUACACUCAUCACCAAAACCUUCCCCGCCAACAGGAAGUCUUUCAAAAGCUCUUGCAAGACGGAAAGAUUACCAAGCAAAUGCUAGACGGCCACGAGAAGACCUUCGGCCUUAUGAACGACAUCUUCGACCAACGUCCUUGCCCUGAAGCUAUCUUCUCCCAAAACCUCUUCGGCAUCGCCAAAUCCCUGCCACACACGCAGGACCACCUUCCCGUAACCGAGCGCACAACAGCAGACUGGUUCCGCUGCACCGAAACCAUGCCCGAACCCGUCGACCACAUAUCCAACCUGGCCUUCCUGAUCGACGGCGCCAUCGCCUUCCUCGCGCUGUCAUUCAGCCACCUGUGGUUCGAAGAUGUGGCCGCGUGCUCGAGUCUGGACUUUGCCUUGCGCUUCUUCAAGAGCGGGGAUCAGGUGGAUUUGGGCGCCUGGCAUUUGCGGGAGAUGAAGACGAAUGUAGCGGCAGAGGGGAGGGCGUUUGGAGAGAGUUGGAUUUGGGACGAGCAAGGCAGGGCGGUGGCGAGUAUGAGCCAGCAGAGUAUUUUGAGGCCGCCGGUCAAGAAGGGGAAGUUGUAGACGAUGGCGUCGAAGCAAAAACUAGCUCUAGCUUUUCGAGAAUAUUAAUACAUACCGCGACGGAUGGGAGAUAGGACAGUGCUCAGGGGUGAUAUGUUUAGAGAUUCGGGAGUCUUUGGGUGUGGUAGAUGUAAUAUCAGAAUGCAGAGAAUUCCCUCCGCAGGAA